AUGGAAGAUACAGAAAUAAAAACAGAUUGCUGUGAACAAGGAGAUGAAAAUGGUCAUGGCAAUAAUGCUCAACAGUUGGUAGUAGAGGCAGAUCUCAAGGACGAGAGCGAUGUGAGCCAUCAAGCUGAAGAUGGAAGUGAAAACGCCUCUGAAGACUGUACAAGCCAUCAAGUUGAAGAUGGAAGUGAAAAUGCACCUGGUGUCGAAGUGGAUCAAACAGCUGAGGCAUGUGUGGAAAAGCAGAACCAAAUCAAAGAUAAGAAGACACAUGCAAAAUAUGAUUCGAGUGAAGAAAUGUCUGAGAGGUACAUAAACCUGAGAGGCAUAGCCAGGCGCAAUGACACUAAGGAGCCAGAGGAGUCAAGAGACUUCAAUCCACGACCACCAAAUUUCCUGCCACUGGAGCCAGAUCCAGAUGCAGAGAAAGUUGAUCUCAAGCAUCAGAUGAUGGAUGACAGGAAAAAUGCAGAGGACUGGAUGCUUGAUUUUGCACUCCGACGAGCAGUGGACAAACUUGCACCAGCUCGUAAGAGAAAGGUUGCAUUGCUCGUGGAGGCUUUUGAAACAGUAUUGCCAACAUCUAAAUGGGAGCCUCACCUCAGGCGCAGUGCAUCAGGAUUCACACAUCCUAGACCAAUUCAAGCUUGCAACUGA